AAUCUGGAGAAGCGAACAGGAAGGGACACCAAACAGCUGAUGCCUGAAUGUGAGUGUCUGAGAGCCCAGAAGAGUGUGUGCACAAGCGUGUAAGAGAGAGAGAGAGAAUGUGUGGGAGUGCGGCCAUGUGCAGAAAAGUGUGAGAGUGUGUGAAUGUGCAUACAUGCAUAUGAGUUAUAUGAGCAAGGGGGUUUAAGUGUGCAUGUGAGAUAGAGAGGGAGAGAGAGGGAGAGAAUGGGACAAAAGAAGGGACAAUCAACCUCGGGGAACAAGCAGGCCGCUUCUGUGCUGAUCGUGGAGGGCGAAAAGGAGGGACGACAUGGUCGGAACACGCCAGGAACUCGUACAAAGUCUGCUGAAGAUGGCAUAUAUAGAGUUGGAACCAAUAAAUGAGGGCCUUUUGUCUAGAAUCUCCGAUCUCUUACUGUGCAGAUGGACUUGCCGAAACUGUUGUCAGAAGUGUUAUGACUGCAGUUGCUGCCAGUCGAGCGAAGACGAAGUGGAAAUCCUGGGGCCUUUUCCGGCACAGACACCCCCCUGGCUGGUAAGCCAUCGAAGUGAGGACAAAGAUGGCGACUCUGACAACACGACAGCAAGUGAGCCGCCUCCAACCCCUCAGGACGAUUCACCGGACAGAAGGCGGGCCUCCACCGAUACCUCCCGGUCCACUUACAGCCUCACAAGACGGAUCUCAAGUCUUGAAUUGAGGCAGCCAAGUUCUCCCCUUGUUGAUAUCAAGCCUAUUGAGUUUGGGAUUUUGGGAGCCAAAAAGGAAAUUGUUCAGCCAAGCAUCUUGAGGAAAACCUAUACUCCGGAUGACUAUUUUAGGAAAUUUGAACCUAGACUGUAUUCCCUCGACUCCAAUAGUGAUGACAUGGACUCCUUGACAGACGAGGAAAUCUUAGCCAAGUAUCAACUGGGUAUGCUGCAUUUUAGCACACAGUAUGACUUGUUGCACAAUUACCUCAUCGUCCGUGUCAUUGAGGCAAAAGAUCUGCCACCCCCGAUCUCCUACGAUGGUUCGAGACAGGACAUGUCACAUUCGAAUCCGUACGUGAAAAUUUGUCUGUUGCCAGACCAGAAAAAUUCCAAGCAGACAGGAGUGAAACGCAAAACCCAAACCCCAGUGUUUGAGGAGAGGUACACCUUUGAAAUCCCAUUUCUAGAAGCCCAGAGGAGGACUUUGCUGUUGACUAUCGUGGAUUUUGACAAGUUUUCCCGCCACUGCGUCAUUGGGAAAGUGUCGAUGCCUUUGAGUGACGUAGACCUGGUGAAGGGCGGACACUGGUGGAAGGCCUUGGUCCCCAGUUCUCAGAAUGAAGUUGAGCUGGGAGAACUCUUGCUAUCGCUGAACUACCUUCCUAGCGCAGGAAGACUGAACGUCGACAUCAUUAGAGCAAAGCAGCUGCUACAGACAGAUAUGAGCCAAGGUUCAGAUCCCUUUGUGAAAAUCCAGCUUGUUCAUGGAUUAAAACUGGCAAAAACCAAGAAGACCUCUUGUAUGAAGGCCACCAUUGAUCCAUUCUACAAUGAGUCCUUCAGCUUCAAGGUUCCACAAGAAGAACUUGAAAACGCCAGCUUAGUCUUCACAGAUCCCUUUGUGAAAAUCCAGCUUGUUCAUGGAUUAAAACUGGCAAAAACCAAGAAGACCUCUUGUAUGAAGGCCACCAUUGAUCCAUUCUACAAUGAGUCCUUCAGCUUCAAGGUUCCACAAGAAGAACUUGAAAACGCCAGCUUAGUCUUCACAGUCUACGGCCACAAUGUGAAAAGCAGCAAUGACUUCAUUGGAAGAAUCGUGAUCGGCCAGUAUUCCACAGGCUCUCCGGAGUCCAAACACUGGAGACGGAUGCUCAGUUCCCACCGCACCGCCGUGGAACAAUGGCACAGCCUACGCUCCCGGGCGGAAUGUGACCGCGUCUCACCAGCUUCUUUGGAGGUGACGUGAGGACGAAAGGAGUGACUCAGCUAGCCAACUACUGCAGAAAUCGAGACCAAGUCAAAGUCAUCCAUGCACUUGUACAUUAACUACCAUGGAAUUAAAAGGAACUUUUACAACCACCAAUAAUCCAACACUUGUGUUAGCCUCCAUGCCUCAUCCAGCUUUUCCUCAUGCACCCCACUGUUUAUUUUCUCAGGACCACAGACAGAGCAGCUUGUGACAUCCUACUACUUGCAUAAGCCACUGCAUCUCAUCUUAAUGUUGCAGUGUAGGACAGUGGAAACUAUUCUGAAUCUGAAAGGCUGUCCAUGGAUAUAUUUUCAGAGUUCCUUUGUUGCCUGCUCCAUUGUUGUCUAGUGCAGAUCAGAGACUGGUCAAUGGUGAAAAUUGCUGAGUCGCAUAGAAGCUUUCCAGUCAGUUCUCCUACACUUGAACUCCACAUGCCCAUGAGCCAAUGUAUUGGAAGAUGUCAGUUCAUGUGUGCGCUCUUUGGUGAAUGUGCAAGCCAGUAGACUAGAACCUAGGACACUUGUUUUAGCAGUAGAGUAUAGGGUGCAACCAGUCUUGUCUAAACCCAGUCUCUUGUCCUUGUAUGAGCUUAACGAAAUAUAAUGUGCACUUUGUGUCCUGAGCUCGUCAGUGGAAUAGGAAUGGAGGUCAUCAGCUCUUUCCUUUUCAAUCUGACAUGUCAACGUGUUAUCACAUGGAUCCAAUGUCAUGCCCCUCAAGAACCUCUGAGCCAUGUAAUGAGAAGCUGUAUUCUGAAACUAGCUUGCCCUUGAGUAGGCCUGUUUAAACUCAACUAAGCACCUUUAGGUGGAGAAAGCUGCCUGAGAAUUGGGGGAUCAUAGCCUGGAUCUAGAGUGCCAUAUGGUCACAGUGGUCUGAUAUAGAUGAGUGGCAUUAUUUGCUCCCAAAGAUGAAGCUCCAUGAAUGUGAGGUGAAUGUGCAAGAUUCCCCUGUCAUAGAAGCGGUGGAGGAUACCUGUGGAAACCUGGUGUGGGCAAGCUCAAGGGAUUUGGGGCCAAUUUCGUGGCCCUCAUCCCCCUCCAUUAGCAGCACAGAGUCUGAAAAUAGCCAUUUUUAGCCUUAAUUAAAGGUGGCGGGAAGAAAAUAAGAAGUGUGUGUAGGGGCAUCUCCAGUUUGGGGUUUUUAAUUCUCUCCAGUGGGUGGGACUUAUGGGACACCACAAUAUGCAAAUUUUUAAAAACCACUUGCUCCUGGAAGCCUCUAGGAGCAGAAAGCCACCAAUUUUUGUGUUGUUGGUUUUGUUAAAUCAUUUAAUUUGAGCCCUUCUGGGGUCAGCCCAUCAGCCACCCUGUCAGUAUACCCCAUGGGUGUUUAGAGCAUCAUCUUCCAAAAGUCAAAGGGAAGAGAUUGUUGACGUUUAGGUCCAACAGUACCCUACCCCAAAGAACAGAACUCUUUUCCCAACAAUGCCUCACUAGAAGAGCUGUUAUUAAAAGCAGUCGUUCUUGCUCUUCCGUGUUUGUAUGUUUUGUCCCACCUAUCAUUUGAUGAAAGAACACCAGUCCCACCAGGAUAGAAACCAAGAGCCCAUUUUUGCUUCCUUCUUCAUUGAUUCGUUCACCAACAUUUCUUUAUUCUACCAUGAGAACAUUGAUCAAUAAUGGUAAGUUUUAAGGUCAUUAAAAACUGCAGUAAUAUUGUUGGGAUUAAGUGCAAACAAGAAUAGUACUUCUAAAAGUAGCUGAAAAGUGCAAUAAAACUGCCUAUAUAUAAAUUUACUAUGGUAAUGGAGAAG